CCCACUCACAUCGUCAUCAAGUCAGAGCUGGCAUCUCCCGCUCCCGUGAUUGCAGCCAGCCGCUGCCCCUCCCACGCGCUCUCCUGUAUUAUCUUCUCUCUCUCUUCCCCAAUAAACCUCACCUCCCACGCCCACUCUCUCAUGCCACGUCGUCAUUUUUCAGUACGCCGGCAAAACGUACCGGUGUUCCAGGCAGACUGAAAAAUCUCUCCUCCUCCUCGGCUCUCGCAAUCAGAUAUCGACUCCCCUCUCUCCCCAAUCUCUAGAACCCUGAGUCUCCCCUGCUCCUCAAUGCACGGCUACAGCCGGCUCGGCAAUUCCCGACCCGCCGGCUCCCCGCCGUCCUCCCCCCGCUGCCGCCACGGCCGCAACAAGAACUUGGGCGCCGGCCGAGGGCCCAAGCAGAGCAUUGUGGAGAAGGUUGUGGUGUUGCUCAUCUCAGUCGUUUUUAAGCGCCGAGGCGUGCUUUUGUUCGCGCCAUUGUUGUACAUUUCGGGGAUGCUGUUGUAUAUGGGCUCGGUGAACUUCGAUGUUGUUAGCUUGAAGAAUGCGGUUGUUGUGGUCAGUAAGCGGUCGCCUCCGGGCUCGGUGUAUAGGAGCCCUCAGGUUUUUCACAAGCUUUGGCCUCAUAUGCAGGCUGACAGCAAUCACACUCACAAUUUGUUGAUGGCAGUGUGGAAUUCAAAAGUGCGGCGGCAAGUUUGGAAGCCAUGUAUUAGCAACGAUACUCCAGAAGAAGGACUACCAAAGUCGAAUGGUUUAUUUAUAAUUGAAGCAAAUGGUGGAUUGAACCAACAACGUUUAUCGAUUUGUGAUGCAGUUGCUGUGGCUGGACUAUUGAAUGCAACGCUUCUGAUUCCAAUUUUUCAUCUAAAUAGUGUCUGGAAAGACUCAAGUCACUUUGGGAACAUAUUUGAUGAAGAUUACUUCAUCCAUGCUCUCAGAAAUCAAGUGAAUGUGGUUAGGGAGCUCCCAGGGGAUAUACUGGAGCGAUUUGACAAUAAUAUAAGCAACAUUGUGAAUCUGAGAGUGAAGGGUUGGUCAAGUUCAGCUUAUUAUCUUCAAAAGGUCCUCCCAAAGUUGGAGCAAAUGGGGGCUGUGCGCAUUGCACCUUUUUCCAACAGAUUGGCUUAUGCAGUUCCUUCAAAGGUCCAAAGGCUUAGAUGCUUUGCCAAUUUUGAAGCACUGAGGUUUUCAAGUUCUAUAAGAAUGCUUGCAGAUAAAAUGGUUGAACGAAUGGUUAAAAGUAGCUCCCACAGUGGGGGAAAAUACGUUUCAGUGCAUCUUCGGUUUGAAGAGGACAUGGUAGCGUUUUCGUGCUGUGAAUAUGAUGGCGGGGAGGAAGAGAAACGCGAAAUGGAUAUUGCUCGAGAAAGAAGUUGGAGAGGAAAAUUCAGGAGAAGGGGUAGAGUAAUUAGGCCAGGUGCAAAUCGUGUGGAUGGGAAGUGCCCUUUAACUCCAUUAGAGGUAGGAAUGAUGCUCAGGGGUAUGGGGUUUGACAAUGCCACUUCAGUAUACAUUGCAGCAGGAAACAUUUAUAAAGCGGAGAAGUACAUGUCUCCUCUUAAACAGAUGUUUCCACGCUUGGAAAUGAAAGACACAUUGGCAACUACAGAAGAACUUGCUCCUUUUAAGGGCCAUUUAUCUAGGUUGGCGGCUCUUGAUUACACGGUUUGCCUCCACAGUGAAGUAUUUGUUACCACUCAGGGAGGAAAUUUUCCCCACUUCUUGAUGGGUCACAGGCGGUAUCUCUAUGGAGGACAUUCAAAGACAGUCAAGCCUGAUAAAAGAAAGUUAGCACUCUUAUUUGAUAAUCCUAGUAUCAGAUGGGAAGAUUUCAAACGGCAGAUGCAAGACAUGCUUCGCCACAGUGACCAGAAGGGUUUUGAAUUGAAAAAACCCAGUGCGUCGCUGUAUACAUUUCCCAUGCCAGAUUGUAUGUGUAAAGAAGCAGAAGCCACAAAUAUAAGCGGUAACUUAAUUAACACAACUGAUUUGAAUACAUAAAAUUAUUCUUUAGGGUUACGAUUUUUGUGUUCACCUGUAAUUUUAUUGUAUCAUUAAAAAUAACGUCGUUCAGUUAAGUUGAGAAAUUGUUCUUUCAGUUGAGUGGAGGGGGAAUGUAUCCUAAGGUCUUGAUUCUUUCGGUUGAUUAACUCUGCCCAAUCAAUAGUGUGUUACUCAAUUCAUUGUAUAUGUACAAUAACAGAUCAAGGGAAAAUUCUUUGUAUCUAUCAAAUCUUCUCCUUUAUAGAUAUGCUUUGAUUCGUUA